AUGGGGGUCAUCACCACUUGUGCACUGUUUUGCUUCGUGGUAGCAAUUGCAAUCGCCUCAUAUCGCUCCCACCGGUUCAGAUCCGACGACCCAGAGCAAGAUUCGAGACGGGAAUCUGCACGAAGCCCACAAUCUCCUCUUCGUCGGGUCCACCCUCGGGAUCCAGAGAUCAAGACCGACAUUGAUAUCGUCGCCAUCCAUGGCUUAGAUACGAAAUCACCAGAUACCUGGGAGUUCAAAGGAAAAUAUGGCAAGAAAUCGGCAAACUGGCUAGAAGACAACGACAUGCUCCCAAGCGAAGUCGGAAACGCUCGAAUAUUCACGUGCGAUUGGCCUACCCACAAAUUUGAAUCGCCCGAGAUCGCAAAAUUGCACAUCGAAGAACUUGCUCAACGCCUCGUCGCUCAUAUCAAGGCAGAACUGUUGAGCGAUGAAAAAGACAGACCUCUUGUCUUUAUCGCCUCUUGCUUCGGUGGAAUCAUAUUGAUGAAAGCAUUAACAGAUUCAAUCGAAGAUGAUCCUCUCCGGUCAUCUACACGCGCUGUCAUCUUUCUUGCUACUCCAUUCGAUGGUACUUCAUUUGGAAAGAUAGCAUACUGGGUAAGGCCUCUGCUGUCAGUGCAAGCCUGGUUUAGAGGUGCUAUAUUCAGUCCACGCCAUGACUAUGUCGAGGGUGGGAUGUGGCAGAUGUCGGAAAUGACCCUUAAGUUUGGACAACUUUGCCUCGCCAAAGGCUAUCUCGUCUCUGCCUUCUACGAGACUGUCGGAACAAAUCUGUUGGCGAAGAAUCUUCCCCGGGCACUUCAAUGGAUAUCCAAAGAAGAACUGCUCGUUGAUAAAAGAUCUGCAACGCCUGUGAUGAAAGACAACAUGAUGCCUCUUGUCCGUGCUCACACGAGAAUGAACAAAUUUCCCAGUCCUGAUGAUGAGGACUAUAGACUUGUUGCCAAUACGGUCCGAGAUUCCCUCGAGAGAAUACGAGAAGGUCGGCCACUCGAAAAGAUUGAUCGGGAACUGAAAAGAUAUUACGAGGACGACAACAGACUUUACGUGGAGAGGCUUUCGACAGAUCGGUUGCCGAUGGAACAGUGUUAUAUCAACUUGGCUAUCAUUGAGCAGAUCGCGAGUGAAGAUGGAGUCUCAAGCAAAUUUGGAGGUUCAAAAGAAAUCUCUCCAUUUUCACUGGCUCCUCGACUAGGAGUAGUAGAAGAUCCAGACGACGUUCGACUCGAGCUACCCGAUAUUUUCAAACAGCGCGCCGGGCGACAAGCACCAAGAAAGGUGCUGAUUCGUGGUCGUGCUGGGAUUGGGAAGACGACAUUGUGCAAAAAGAUGGUCUAUGAUUUUAUCCACGGUGAUCUUUGGAACGAAACCUUUGACCGGAUCUUCUGGUUACCGCUAAGAGAUCUCAAGAUCUUCAACUUCAUGGUCAACGACAUUGAGGACCUCUUUCGCAAAAUAUAUCUCUCAGGGGAGACGGGUCUCGCUCAUGCCGCAUGGGUUGCACUGAAUAAGUCGAACUAUUCUAAAACGCUCUUUGUUCUCGAUGGUUUGGAUGAGGUCUUUGAUGAAUUACAUGGUGAGCAAAAAAUCAUAAAGCUCCUCAUGAAGUUGCCAAACAUCAUUGUGACCUCUCGCCCACAUGUGUCACUCCCUACUUGGCUAGACGAGACACAAAAAUUUCAUCUUGAGUUGGAGACCAUUGGGUUCUAUCCGGACCAGGUUGCAAGUUAUGUUCGAAAUCAUUUUAUCCAGUCGAAAGCCACAUCUGAUACGAAUAAUCCCGACGCGAUUUUAUCGUUCCUCGAAACGCACCAGUUGAUGAAGAGUUUGAUGCGGAUUCCUAUUCUUCUUGAUGCUCUUUGUUGGACUUGGAGUGGAUUUGAAUCCCAAAGCACAUGGCACGACCUCGAAUCAGACGAACAAACGAAUCGUCCACAGACAAUGACUGACAUAUACCAAGCUGUUGAACUUAAGCUUUGGACCAAAGAUCUGGAGAAACUCGACAAAAUAAAGCCAGGUCAGAGACGUUUUACCCUGCCAGAUGAGUAUCGCAGUCACGUUGAAGUCGAAACUGAGAUGCUGGAGCAUCUGGCCUUUUCUGGAAUGUAUAGCAACAUCGUCAAUUUUGAGCCAAGACAUCGCAAUAGGAUAUUGGUAGGAUUCAAACUCGAUAAGGCGGAGACCAUUGACGAAAGACUAAGCAAGCUAUCCUUUCUGAGAGCCUCCGGCAUUCCCGCAAAUGCCUAUUCGAGUCGAGAACGCAGAACCUACCACUUCCUCCAUUUGACAUUUCAAGAGUAUUUCGCAGCACGAUACUUCUUUCGGCAAUGGAAAGACAAAAAGAACCUGGAAUUCUUCGACCUGGUCUCAGGAAACCAGAUCUCAAUGCCAACAGAUGAGUUUCUUGGGAGGAACAAAUACAAAUCUCGUUAUGAUAUUCCAUGGCGCUUUGUUGCAGGUCUCAUGUCUGACCAUAAUCCAAAAGAGCUGGAGAGAUUCUUCAAGUCCCUCGAUCGGGAACCACUUGAUCGCCUGGGAGCUGUUCAUCAGCGUCUUCUCAUGCAUUGUUUGAGCGAAACCAAGUCUGACUUUUCGCUCCGAAGUCAAAUUGAAAGUCAUCUGUCACAGUGGCUAAUCUUCCAAUGCAAGUUUAUGGUGCCCGUGAAAAGGAUCUACCCUGCGCGUGUCUACAAGUUUCAUACCUUAGCAACUGAGAUUGAAUUUCCCCAGCAAGCUUUGACUGGAUUGUGGGAAGAAUGCGAUGAGGCUAAGAUGGUGGCCUACGACUCAAUGAAAUGGCUCAUUCGCAUAGCACCUCAAUUCAGGGAGAACCUGAUUUCGUUUCUAGACACAGAAUCUGUUUAUGCAGUGCCAUGCUUGAUCGGCUUGCUGAAACAGUCCAACGAGAAGCUACCCGAGAGUGUUUUACGCUCUAUAGUCUCUCGUUUAUGGACUGAAUCCGGCUCAGCUGCCGCUGUCACUAUCGCCGCACGCAAUCCCGAGUGGGCCGAGCAAGAGGUACGCUCUAGAAGCAUUCUUGCAAGGGAUUAUCUCCUCAGAAUUAUUGACCAAACUCUGCAAAGGCAUGAGCCAUCAGAGAAGCUUUUGCGGGAGAUCCUAGACCACUUGGAGAAGAUGGACGUGUUGACCCAAAAGCAUGCCAUCACUUUCCUAGUCAGACAGUCAACUUCGAGCAAGCAAUUUCAGGAUGAAAUUACCGACAAGCUGUUGGGCGAGUCCUUUUGGGACGUCAGACACGCUGCUAACAAAUUUCUACACCUUUUACCAACCCUGCCGCCGAAAGUGGUCGAAAUGAUAGAGGCAAGGAUCAAGAUUGAUAACAACCCCAAGAACAAGCUCAUCAGAAACCGGUUUUUAGCGAAGCCUUUCGCCAGGAGAUCCGAACUACCCGAGCGAUUGACUCGAUUGUUGUCGACCAUGGUAGACGAAAACAUAGAAGGUUCAAACCUUGCUGUUGAUAUUCUAUGCUGCCUUACGAAUUGUCCAGAUGGCUUACCGGAUAGGCUUAUCCUUAAGGACAACUGGCUCAAAUAUGCGCGUUCGUUUAUUAUGCUGUGCAACCGGUCAAAAUUGUCGAGUGAAGCCCUUGACGCUUUACAGCAUCGUUUAGUUAAUCCCGUGUCCACUGCAAGGGAAAUACUUUUGGUUCUCAAAAUACUGAAUGGAAAGCCCGGAUUGUCCGACGCAAUGCUUCAAGCAAUAGUGAGCCACCUGAAGCAUGAGGACCCUCGUGUUAGGACCAUUGCUGUCAGUGCGCUAAGUGGCCAGCCAUGCCUAUCGCAGGAAAUCGUCAGAGGAAUAACUGACAUACUCGAUGAGCCUCUCAAGAAAGGCAAUAUCAAACAGGGUGCUCUUCAGGUGCUCAAGCAACAGACCACCUUACAGAUAGAUAUCCUUGGCAAGAUAGCCGAUUCUAUUAUGAAGGAUGAGAACCCGGAAAUCAAGGCAGUCGCCAUCGACACACUUACCGGAAAUCCAUAUCUGUCUGAAUCGCCAGAUCUCCUCAAGGAACUUGCGAGCUACAUUGAUCCCAAGGGCUCAGGAUUCAAUGUAGAGGUUACAGGUCCAGUCAUAGCAGCUGCCGUACAAGCAUUGGGCCUCAGUGGUCCCUUGAUCUUGGAGAAUAAUCUUGAAAUCAUAUCCUCGCAACUUAACCACGACGACAAAAUGGUUCGGAAAGUUGUUGUUCAGGUCUUGAUUGACCAGUCAUCUUUGUCUGAGAAACACCUCACAUUGUUGGUAGACCGAACCAAUGAUGACGACAGAGACGUUCGAAAGGCUGUGGUUCAAUUCCUUCUCGGACAGCCAAGUCAUUCCGAGGAGCACUUGAGGCUUUUGAUGACACGAAUCAAUGAUGAAGACAGUGGGAUUCGAAAUGACAUUGUUCAGUUCAUCCUCCGGCAGUCACCUCUGUCCGAUGAUUACGUCCAGCUGUUAGCAACCCGAAUCAAUGAUCAGGAUUGGGAAGUCAGAUCGAGUGUCGGCAAAUUUCUCGAGGAGCAGAAAGAUCUGACCGACGAGACUCUUCACAUAAUAGCAUCUCAAAUCGCUGGCUCGGAUACUGUGAGAUUUGCAGACCCUAUGAGGAGUUUCCGGUUGGUCAACAUGCUCCUAAAACAUGAAAGGUUGCAUUCGGAACUGCUUCUUCGAGGCUUUGCCUAUCGAGUUUUGUCCCCUUUGCUAUUACGAAGUUUCAAGGCGCACCUUGCGUGGUACAUCCAAGAUGGCGAGUCUUGCCUUGAAACGGAAAGUGAGAUCAAAAGGCGAGGCCUAUUUGCUGAUGUGAACAUCGAAGUUGAGAUGAACACGGUUCGAGAAGCGGCUCAAAUGCCACCUGUGGCAGUUUUUCCUGUCUCACACUGGUUUCAUUGCCCAUGA